CUGGGGAUUUGUCUGAACUCUGAAAUUUCCAGACUUCUUCCGUUUCGUCUGAAAAUCUAUUCGCUUUUUAGGGCCAUAUCGGCUCUUCUUUUCCUUGGUUACCACAGACUUCCUCGGCGUCGGAUAGUCGUUCGUGUUUGGUCACUGAACGCUUGUAUGAUUCUAUCAUAACCGUCGCCCCGUUCUCCAUUGUCAAUGGGUGUGCAAAACAAUCCCACAGUUCGAAUCUCCAACAUACCCCACUCUGCUGUAGCCAAAGAGCUCUUAGAAUUUCUGGAGUCCAUAACCGGUCCUGGCUCAGUCUUCGCCUUGGAAAUCUUUACGGAGCGCGAGAACUGGAAGUCGCGGGGCUUCGGCCGCGUCCAGUUUGCUACGCUCGACGCUAAAGCGAAGGCUCAAUCACUUUCUCUUCAAGACCGCCUUGUCUUCAAGUCCCACUUCCUCAAAAUCUCUGAGAGCUCGGAAGACAUCGUCUUUAGACCCGCCAAUGCAAGAAACCGGGUCGACAAUGGGGUUUUGCAUGCGGGUUUUAUGGUUAAAGAGAACUGUAUGAGUGUGUUGGAAUCCUGGGAGGGUUGUGUGAGAGGAUGGAUCAUGCUCGAGAGGGAGAGGGUGAGUUUUGGGUGGUGGCAGGGGAAAGAGUGUUACAAACUGGAAAUAAUGUUUCAGGAUAUACUGGAGACAAAUGGGUAUUCUCUUGAGGAAGGAAAACUGAAUGCACUAAUCUGAAGGUAUACCUUAAGACUUAAAAGUUCGUCAAGUCUUUCUUCAAUAGCCAGAUUAUUUCCAGAGGACAAAGAUUCUAAGCUUUCAGUUAGUUCGAUUUUGGGUUUGUUUUGGGUACGGACAACAGAUUUCUCACCCAUGAAGUCAGUUGGACACUCUACCUCAUUUUGCUGGGUCGUUGAAGAAGAGCCAUUAGCUGCAGACAUUUUUCGAAGCUUCCCACUCUACAGAGAAAAUUUGAAUGAUAUAAUUCUGGAAGAUGGGGAAGAAUUCGGUUCUUCAUCAGAAAUAGUUCCACUUGUAAAGUGUGGUUCAGAUUCAAAGUUGCCAUAUGAGAUUAUUUUUCAACUCAAUUCUCUUGUUCAUACACAGAAAAUAAGCUUUGCUUCAGUAGAUAAUGAUUUGAUUGAUUUGUUCAGCACCUUAAAUGAAGAAACUUGUGCUGUGAUUCUUCAGAAGUUGCACAACCUAAAGUCCACCUGUUAUGAACCCCUAAAAUAUGUGAAGAGCCAAUUACACGUGCUAAUGUGUAAAAAGAGAACUGUUCCGCCAUCAUCACACAAAAGGUUGAUGGAUAAUAACGUCAUGAGUUGCCAUAGAGCCUUGAUUACCCCAUCAAAGAUAUAUUGUCUUGGUCCUGAGCUUGAAACCUCUAAUUACGUGGUAAAGCAUUUUGCAUCAUAUGCGUCAGACUUCAUUAGAGUUACUUUUGUUGAAGAGGAUUGGAGUAAGCUUCCAACCAAUGCAGUCUCCACCAGCAUUCAAAAGGGCAUCUUUUCAAAGUCUUUUGAAACUGAAAUAUACAAGAGGAUAUUGACUAUUCUUCAAGAUGGGAUUGUAAUCGGGGCUAAGAGAUUUGAGUUUCUGGCCUAUUCAGCUAGUCAACUCAGGUCAAGUUCCGUUUGGAUGUUUGCUUCUAAUGACUCUGUGACGGCAGAUUAUAUUAGAGAAUGGAUGGGAAGGUUCAAAGUGAUACCCAGUGUCUCUAAAUGUGCAGCAAGGAUGGGUCAGUUGUUCAGUUCUUCCAUGCAAACUCUUGAAGUUCCAACACGAGAUGUGGAGUUAAUUCCAGAUAUUGAAAUCACCUCUGAUGAUGGUACAAAUUAUUGUUUCUCUGAUGGUAUUGGAAAAAUUUCUCAAUCUUUUGCCAAGCAAGUAGCAGAGAAGUGUAAAUUGGACCAUGUUCCAUCAGCCUUCCAAAUUCGCUAUGGUGGAUACAAGGGUGUCAUUGCUGUUGAUCAAUAUUCUUUCAAGAAGUUAUCAUUGCGCAAAAAUAUGCUUAAGUUUGAAUCCAAUAGCACAAUGCUUAAUGUCACUAAAUGGAGUGAAUCUAUGCCUUGCUUUCUGAAUCGAGAGAUUAUAACCCUGUUGUCCACCUUAGGAGUGGAAGAUGAAGUGUUUGAGGCAUUGCAACAGGAUCAGCUGUCUUUACUAGCAAACAUGUUGAAUAACAGAGAGGCAGCUUUGAAUGUUCUAGAGAGUUUAAGUGGUGCUGAUUCGAAAAACAUUCUAGUGAAGAUGUUGCUUCAAGGUUAUGAACCAAACAUUGAACCUUACUUAUCAAUGAUGCUUAGGGCUUAUUAUGAGCACCAGUUAUCUGACUUGAAAAGUAGAUGCCGAAUAUUUGUCCCCCAAGGUCGAGUUUUAAUUGGCUGCUUGGAUGAAACGGGUCUCUUAAAUUAUGGCCAAGUAUACGUCCGCAUGACCAUGACCAAAUCUGAGCUUGAAUGUGGAGAUGGAAGCUUAAGGAGAGUGGAUGAGAGCACAUGUGUGAUAGUGGGCAAGGUGGUUGUCACAAAAAAUCCUUGUCUUCACCCAGGAGACAUCAGAGUCCUUGAUGCCAUCUAUGAUGUGGAAUUAGAGGAGAACGGUUUGCGAGAUUGCCUUAUCUUCCCGCAAAAAGGGCCUAGGCCACAUCCAAAUGAAUGCUCAGGUGGUGAUCUUGAUGGUGAUUUGUAUUUCAUAAGCUGGGAUAGAGGCCUCAUCCCAGGCAGAACAGUGGCUCCAAUGGACUGCUCAAGGAGGCCUCGUGUAAUGGAUCACGAGGUGACACUAAAGGAGAUCCAACAAUUUUUUGUUGAUUACAUGAUCAAUGAUACUUUAGGUGCUAUCUCUACAGCUCAUCUGGUUCAUGCAGACCGUGACCCUGAGAAGGCCUUGAGUAGAAAAUGUCUGGCGUUGGCAGAGCUUCACUCCAUGGCUGUAGACUUUGCGAAGACCGGAAAUCCUGCUGAAAUGCCAAGAGCCUUGAAACCAAGGGAGUUUCCUGAUUUCAUGGAGAGGGUAGGGAAACCAAUGUAUAUCUCAAAGGGGGUUCUGGGAAAACUAUAUCGAACCAUAGUUGAGUUGAUCCUACAACAAAGAUCCAACUCUGAUUGGUCGUCUGAGAAACUAGCAGAAGCAUAUGAUCAUGAACUUGAGGUGGAUGGUUUUGAGGACUUUCUGGAGGUUGCAAAACUUCAUAGAGAUAUGUAUGCUGAGAAAAUGAGAUCUUUAAUGAACUUCUAUGGUGCUGAGACUGAGGAUGAGUUGCUGACUGGUAACUUGCGAAGUCGUGCUUCAUACUUGCAGCGUGAUAACAGGAGAUACGGAGAUAUGAAGGAUAGGAUUCUGUUAUCGGUGAAGAAUUUACAGCAUGAAGCUAAACAUUGGUUUGAAAGUAGUUGCCAACCACAUGAAAAGAUGCAACUGGCCGGUGCUUGGUAUCAUGUCACGUAUCACCCUCCAUAUAACCAGGAGAACUCUAGUUUUCUGAGUUUUCCGUGGAUCUUAGGGGACAUUUUAUUGCAUAUAAAGUCUGGGAAGGGAAAAAAACUGAGGGUAAACUCUAGUUGUUAGAUAGCAUUUCUUCCAAUGAAAAUUAGAUCGGUCCCAGUGUUGCUUGGAGUCUGAACUAUUAAUGACUUGUAAAUGGUACGACUUGUUAUAAAUAUUUUAUAUUUUAGCAUGAUCUUGCAUGUUAGAAUU